UAUCUGGGAUUAAAGACGGUCCCCCGUCUAGGUUUCCUAAUGGGUGUGGUUUAUAUUCAGAGCUUAACACCUUCUAAAAGCUCUCCAUCCAUCACUUGAUUCUAGAGAGAAGAAGUACCAGACCACAGCAUGACUGAAACCGUAACACUCGUUUUGAAGAAGUAUGCACUGAUAUCUGUAUUUCAAUAAGAAGAAAAUCCAGAUGAAGAUUGUAGAAUUGCAGAUUACGUCUGUGGCGGACAAAAUGGAGCAAGUGUCAGGCGAUCGGGAUCAGUUGUUUUCUCUGGUUAGUAAAGCUCAGCAUGGAAGAAUGGAUGAGCAGCGCUGCACCUUGGGUCCAGCAACACCUCAACAAGCUCAUGACUGCAGCCCAGAUGCCGAUGAGUUUUUCCAGCUGCUGGUCAAGAGUCAAAGUCAGCGAUUAGAUGAGCAACGGGUGACGCUUAACUCAUUGCCAGGGAUGGAGGCAUUCAUGAUCAAAGAUCCUAAAGAUGGAAAUGUAUUGAAGACAAACUUUGAUCAGUUCUGUAGCAUGGUCAGCAGAGCUCAUAGCUUCAGGAAACGCAAUCCUCCAAAAAUGAGCCUGACCCCUGGGGCCCAGGACUCUAUGAGAAGAUCAAGCUUCAGUCCUCGUGCUACUGCUGAACCGGACACUUAUAACACACUCACAACCAGAUCAGCCUCGUUCAGCCCUAUAUCAGACAAGGACAGAAUGGACUGUGAAAGUCUUCAACGUGAGCAGGACCAGCUGUUGUGUCUAGUUAGUCAAGCACAAAAUGGACGUAUGGAUGAACAACGCUGCUCGAUUAACCCUUUAUUACGCAGACAUAUGGAGAACAGCCAGUCAGAUCAAGAUGUUGAGAAGUUUUUUAAACUCAUUGCUAAUACCCAAAAUCGGCAGUUAGAUGACCAGCGGGCAACGCUUAACCGGUUACCAGAGAUCAAAUCGCCUCCUAGUAUGACUGCUCAGGAUUCAGAUCAGCUCUUCAGCAUGAUCUCCAGAAUACAGGGCUCUCGGAUAGAUGAUCAGCGCUGCUCUGCUCCCAAAAUCCACCUGGGGUCUCCCGCCCCCCCAAAGAAGUUUCCUUCUCAAACCUGUAUCACAGACUAACCGUCCAUCCCAAUCAGGCUCACCCACUAAAUCAUCCCGGAGAUCAGGAACAUUCAGUCCUGACUCUGAGGUAAAAAAUUGCAUUGAUCAGGACCAGCUUUUUUCCCUGCUACAUAAUGCACAGCACCGGCGAAUGGAUGACCAGCGGUGCUCAUUUGAACCCUUUAAAAAGACUUCCUCUUCUCCAAAGAAUCCAAACACUAGUCCCACAGUGGAAGAUCCUGAGCAGUUUUUCAAACUGGUGUCCAGCUUUCAGAGCGGACGGCUGGAUGACCAGCGCGUGACACUCAAUGCAUUGCCAGGCAUCCAGAACUCCAGCACUGGAACUAAGAGAGAGAACAAUAAAACAUUGGCUCCUAAAAUCACCCUGACCCCUGCUUUACCUGCUGCGCCAACAAAAGUUUGUUCCAGACCUUCCUCUCCCACUCUGAGCGUCAGUGAAUCAGA